AUGUCUAAGCGACCCAUACCGAUUGAGAAUGCACCAGAAGAGGGUCAUGGCCGAUGGAAGCGGCCGAGAACUCCUCUUAAUGAAGGGUUGACUCUACCGGUCAGAAGCCCAAGACGAUACGCAAACGAGGAUUAUACCGUAGGCUGGAUUUGUGCAUUGGUCACAGAAUAUGUUGCAGCCCAGGCGCUGCUGGACGAAACCCACGAACAGCCCAUCGUCUCUCGUCACGAUGAAGGCGAUUAUGUGUUGGGCAAGUUCGGCCGACAUAACGUUGUUCUUGCGGUUAUGCCGGGCGGAGAAUACGGAAAUUCUUCCGCGACAGCCACAGCUAAAGACCUUCGCAACACCUUUCCCAACAUUACAUUUGGUCUGAUGGUCGGCAUUGGUGGCGGUGCGCCGAGCCCGAGGAAUGAUAUUCGCCUAGGCGAUGUUGUUGUGAGCCUGCCCAGUAACGGAAGGGGUGGUGUAUUUCAAUACGACUUUGGAAAAACUAUACAGAACCAGGCUUUCCGCACAACGGGUUUCUUGAACCAGCCUCCAAGAAUCUUAAGAAGUGCAGUAAAUGGCUUGAAGGCACAAUACAAAAUCCGCGGCCAUAAGUUUAGGGAUACUAUUGAAGACGUAUUCAAGCGAAUUCCAAGACUCAAGUCAGAAUACAAGCGUCCAGAUCCUACCAGCGACAGGCUAUACAAAAGCGAUUUCCUACACCCUGCUGAUAAUGGUGCCAGCUGUACAGAUACAUGUGGUGCAGAUCCACGAACUUUGGUCAGUCGUUUGGAACGAAAGGAAGACGAAGACAACCCGGUGGUCCAUUAUGGCCUGAUUGCUUCCGCAGACACAUUGAUGAAGGAUGCCAAGCUCAGGGAUAGGCUCGUCAGAGAAAAAGACGUGCUCUGUUUUGAAAUGGAAGCAGCAGGACUAAUGAAUAACUUUCCCUGUUUAGUCAUACGCGGCAUAUGUGAUUACUCAGACACACAUAAAAGCAAAGAUUGGCAGGGUUACGCAGCUAUGACGGCGGCUGCAUAUGCAAAAGAUCUUCUCCUGAGGAUUUCUCUUCGUGAUGUUGAGAGCCUACGGGAAACGAGACGUAAUUCACCAGAGAGGAUCGACGUCACCGAUCGAGAAUCUCCUAUUGACGAGGAGAAGUUACGCCUGUUUCUAAACUCACUGCGUUUUGAUACGAUCAACAAUCGUCAACAAUUGAUCAAGGAUGCUCAUGCAAAAACUUGUGAGUGGCUGUUAGACGAGGACCAAUACCUUGACUGGUUAAAUCCUGACAAACUCGAAGAGCACCAGGGAUUUUUAUGGAUCAAAGGAAAGCCAGGGGCUGGAAAAUCUACCUUGAUGAAUUAUGCUUACACUAAAGCUCUAAAGAAGAUGAAAAACACAUCGGUUGUGGCCUUCUUCUUCAACGCGCGUGGUCAUACUCUGGAGAAAACUAUGGUUGGAAUGUAUCGAUCUCUGCUGUUACAACUUCUCAAGAAGAUACCAAAGCUUCAAGCUGUUAUUAGUCUUCCUGAGACGGCGACGUCGAACAAUUAUCAAUGGAGCAUUGCACUACUUCAAUCGAUGUUCAAGCAAGCGAUAUUAGGUCUUGACCGGUCCUGUGUUAUCUGCUUUAUCGACGCCUUAGACGAAUGUGAGGAGGCUCAAGUGCGAGACAUGAUAAAAUUCCUUGAGCGCUUGAGCUUGUCUGCUGUAUCAUGUCGGAUCAAUUUCAGGGUCUGUUUUGCCAGCCGUUAUUACCCAAACAUCUCGAUAGCAAAGGGACUCACACUUGAGCUCGAAAAGCAAAUGGGGCAUACUAAAGACAUAACAGCCUAUAUCGAGACCGAGUUGAAGAUUGAUGAUAGUCCAACUUCAGACGAAAUCCGUUUUGAACUUAGAGAAAAGGCAUCUGGGGUGUUUAUGUGGGUGUUUCUCGUUAUCGACAUAUUGAACACGGCGUCUGAUAGGGGUCGUUGCCAUAAUCUUAAGCAAAAGUUACGAGAAAUUCCUGGGACGUUACACGAGUUAUUUCGAGAUAUGCUAAAGCGGGAUGAGCAUAAUAAAGAUGAGCUUCUUCUUUGUAUUCAGUGGGUACUGUUCGCAAGGCAGCCGCUUAGUCCCAGAGAGUUAUACUUUGCCAUACUUGCUGGCACUGUACCGGACGUCAUUUCAACCCUGAAAUCAGGAGCAAUUCCAUUGACUACUAUCAAAAAGUUCAUUCUUGAUGCCUCCAAGGGUCUGCUGGAGCUUACGACGUCCGAUACUCCGACUGUCCAAUUCAUACACGAAUCUGUCAAAGACUUUCUUAUCAAGGAUAAUGGGCUAAGCGAGAUAUGCUCUUAUGCUGAUCAAGGCUUUCUGGCGAGGAGUCAUGAACGACUCAAAACCUGCUGUGUUGACUAUCUUGGCAAUGCCUCGGUGUCACUAGUCGACGAUGAAACUAUGAUUAUAGGAACAUUCCGGCAAGCUGCAAAGAUUCGCGAGUCUAGAUUUCAAGAAUCACCGUUCCUUCAAUACGCUGUACAGAACAUCUUGUACCAUGCUGAUCUUGCAGCGGAACAAGUAGACCAAACCAAGUUUUUACAGAAUUUUCCCCGUACAAGGUGGAUGCGACUUGUCAACAUAUACCGACAAACCGUGCAUAGGUAUCAAAAUGCAAGCUUACUCUACAUUUUGGCAGAGCAAAACUGCGGGUCACUCAUCAAACAUCAGUCGAACAGCCUCUCCUGCUUUGAAAUCGAGAAUGAGCGAUACUACACGCCAAUAUUCGCAUCAUUGUGCACGAAGAGCCACAAGGCAACACGCGGUCUUUUGCAGGCUUUAGCUGAAAGUCAAGGCUAUUCAUCUGCCGCACCUGACAUUUGUGAACAAUACGAUAGGAUGACAGUUGGCAUUUCAGAGUCGGAUGAACUUGAUGCCGUGAUAUCGCGACGAAAAGCACCAUAUGAUAUUUGCGAAUUACCCUACGAACUAAACAAUGAGAUUAUAUGGCACGCAUUUCUUAUUGCAUACAACUACAGCGACAUGCAGGUAACGAAGACGCCCAAAGGCCCAUUGAUUUGGGCUCUGGAAAAUAGUAAUAGGCAACUACUUAAGAUCAUGCUUGAGAAUGGCGUCGAUAUUGAGACAAGGAUUUACAAGGACACGUUACUGCAACAUGCUACACGUUACGACCAAAAGGCACUAGUCAAGUUUCUUUUGGAAAAGGGCGCCGAUAUUGAGGCGCCGGGUGAGACGGUGCUCCAGCUUGCUUUAUCAAGAAGAAACCGUGCAAUGGUCCAGCUACUUUUAGACAAUGGCGCUAAGGCGGACUACUUAAAUGCCAAGACUCAGCGCAAUCUACAAAAUGCUAUUUAUUGCAGACAAGAAGCCAUAGUCAAGGUGCUUCUGGAAAACGGUGCCAAUACGGAAGCAGAAGAUUCCUUCGGGAGGACGCCGCUACACGAAGCUGUAGCCUGUAAAAGUGCGGGUGCGGCAAUCGUCGCCUUGCUUCUGGAAGGGGGUGCCAAUAUAGAAGCAGUAUGUUUGAGUGAUUUAAGGAAGUGGACACCAUUGCUGGAGGCAACUUACUGGGGACAUGAAGCAAUAGUCAAGUUGCUUCUGGACAACGGUGCUAAUAUAGAAGCAGUAGAUUUUAAGGGGAAUACGCCGCUAUGCCUAGCUGUAGCCGAUAACAGAGAGGAAAUCGUCGCCUUGCUUCUCGAAAGGGGUGCUAAUACGGAAACAGUAUAUUUAAGUGCUUCAAGAAAAUGGACACCAUUGCUAGAGGCAACUGAACGGGGAAAUAAAGCAAUAGUUAAGUUGCUUCUGGAAAACGGUGCCAAUACGAAAGCAGUAGAUUUCCUCGAAAGGACGCCGCUACACGUAGCUGUAGCCUAUAAAAGUGCGGCAAUUAUCGCCUUGCUUCUGGGAAACGGUGCCAAUAUGGAAGCAGUAGAUUCCGAGGGGAAUACGCCGCUACGCCUAGCUGUGGCCGAUAACAGUGAGGCAAUCGUCGCCUUGCUUCUGGAAAGGGGUGCCAGUAUUGAGUCACUCGAUCCUGGUUGUAGGACUGCGGUGCUCGGCUUGUCAAAGCUGGCACUCUUUACGAGUCGGCAUCGACCUACAUGUGCAAGGCCUCCCAGUCCGUCAGCAUCGCCACGUAUAGUCAUUGAUCUAACCGACACGGACUGA